CUUUAGCACUUUUGGCUUUUGAGUGUGGGGAAUUCAUUCUGUGGUUGCUUCUUUCUCUCUGUCUUUGUUGUACAAAAGAAAGAACCCAUCCAUAAAUAAACAAAAUUCCCAAAGAGGACAAAUAAAAAAGAGAAAUAAAGGAGAAAACAAAUAAAGAAAAUAGCUAGUGGGAGAAGUUGAAUUUUUGGGAAAAAGAGCAUAAUCAAGGUUGUAGUGUAGUGGGCACUGGUGAAAGAAACUUGUGAUCAACAGUUGAUAUGGAUGGGAGGUAUGGUGGUGUUAGUGGCGGUUCGGGUGGCGGUUGUUAUGAGUUUGAGGGUGGUGGGGUGGUCAUGACUAGAGAUCCUAAACCAAGGCUUAGGUGGACUGCUGAUCUUCAUGAUAGAUUUGUUGAUGCUGUUACUAAACUUGGUGGCCCUGACAAAGCGACACCGAAAUCGGUAUUGAGAUUAAUGGGCUUGAAGGGGUUGACAUUGUACCAUUUGAAGAGCCAUUUGCAGAAGUAUAGACUCGGACAGCAGGCGAAGAAGCAAAACAACGGCGAUCCCAACAACGAAAACAGCGGUGAUUCUUAUGAACCCUACAACAUGCAUUCGACGGGCACGAGCUCUAAUUCGUUGAGAACCAACCAUGAACCCGCAGGAGAGAUCCCUAUUGCAGAUGCAUUACUAUGCCAGAUUGAAACACAAAAGAGGUUACAAGAACAGUUCGAGGUACAAAAGAAACUCCAAAUGAGAAUAGAAACUCAGGGGAAAUACUUGCAAGGAAUAUUAGAGAAUGCGCAAAAAAGCCUGUCACUCGACAUGAACUCAUCCGGCAAUCUUGAAGCAACACGCGCCGAGUUAACCAACUUCAACUUAGCGCUCUCGGAUCUCAUGCAAAAUCUUAAUUCCGAACAAAGGGAGGAAAACGUUACCAAAUUUAGCCUCGAUGGUAAGAAGGGACCGGUGACAGUAAAAGAAGAAAUGAAGAUCAAAACGGAGGGUGGCGGUGGUGGAACUGGAACCAUCAGUUUUGAUUUGAACACCGGAGGUAACUACGACUUCAUUGGGACGAAUCAGGAUUUACUUGCACUCGGGUUUGCACGACAAAACUAGAGACGAUCGUAAUAAUAAUAGCAUAAUUCAUAUUUUCUGCAAUAAUUCAUCUAAAUUUUGAUGAUGCCAAUUAAUGCACGUGAUGUAGCUAGAUGGAGUAAUGUUUUCAUGGUGUUUGCCAUAAAUCACAUUGGAAUUAAAUUGUAGAUUUAUAACAUUUAACAUGUAUUUUGAGAUGAUGAUGAUGGAUGGCUUCUCUUAAAUUCA